AUGUCGCUCCAGGAUUAUCUCAAGAAAUAUGUCUCUGAGGAGCCUCAGGAGCAGGACUUAGAUUCGGAUUUGUCCGAGACAGAGGAAGGACCCGUUGUGGUCGAGAGAAAGGUGCAGUCCAAGGGCUGGACGUCGGUAGAGACGAAACAGACAACAGGUACGCGACCCAAGCUCAUGCAGGACGGCUCGCUGCCGGGUCUCAAGACGGGGGAGGACAUCAAAAGGUCGAUGGAGAUGAAACAGCGUCAAUUGGAAGAAGAAAAACGCAAGGUCCAACAGCAAUAUGACCCCAAUAAAGUCGAAACGGUCUAUAGAGAUGCCACAGGACGGAGGAUAUCAACAGUAGAGGACCCAGACUCACAAAGGAAGGCCGAUGAGGAACGCAGAAGAGAGGAAAUAAAGCGUGUCAAUGAGAGCGAAUACACAGCAAUCCAAAAGCAACAGGAACAACAACGACUGAAACAGCUAGAAUCAGAGACACUGGAGAGCAGAGAUCACGAAAAAAAGCAGUUUGUCAGCGACGACGACCCUGCGCUGCUGUUUGACGCAAACCUGCAGAGCCGCAAAAGAAAGCUCACCAAUCUCAGCGCGACAGGCAGGAAACUAUACUCAGAAACCGGGUAUCCGGACAACAGGUUUGGCAUACGGCCUGGUUGGCGUUGGGACGGGGUGAACCGCACCAACGGGUUCGAACAGCGGUGGUUCGAAAGACGGCAGGAACUGGAGCAAAACGAAGUUCUAAAGUACACAUUACAGGAAGAUAUAUAG